GGUCGGUGUUUCUUUUUCCCCUUUUUCUUUCUUGAACACUUGGAAGAAGCGGGGGGUGGGGGGUGGGAUUCGAACGCGAAAAGAAUUGGCUUCCCCGAAGGGGACGAGGACAAAGACUGGGCCAGGAUGGACGUGGCGGACCCCCAGCCGCUGGGACUGUUCCCCGAGGGCGAGCUGAUGUCGGUGGGCAUGGACACCUUCAUCCACCGCAUCGACUCCACCGAGGUGAUCUACCAGCCGCGCCGCAAGCGCGCCAAGCUCAUCGGCAAGUACCUGAUGGGGGACCUGCUCGGAGAGGGCUCGUACGGCAAGGUGAAGGAGGUGCUGGACUCCGAGACCUUGUGCCGCAGGGCAGUCAAGAUCCUCAAGAAGAAAAAGCUGCGCAGGAUCCCCAAUGGCGAGGCCAACGUCAAGAAGGAGAUCCAGCUGCUGCGGCGGCUGCGGCACCGGAAUGUGAUUCAGCUGGUGGACGUGCUGUACAAUGAGGAGAAGCAGAAGAUGUAUAUGGUGAUGGAGUACUGCGUGUGUGGCAUGCAGGAGAUGCUGGACAGUGUGCCGGAGAAGCGCUUCCCCGUGUGCCAGGCCCAUGGGUACUUCCGCCAGCUGAUUGACGGCCUGGAGUACCUGCACAGCCAGGGCAUUGUGCACAAGGACAUCAAGCCGGGCAACCUGCUGCUCACCACCAAUGGCACGCUCAAGAUCUCCGACCUGGGUGUUGCCGAGGCCCUGCACCCCUUCGCUGUGGACGACACCUGCCGGACAAGCCAGGGCUCCCCGGCCUUCCAGCCGCCCGAGAUCGCCAACGGACUCGACACCUUCUCAGGUUUCAAAGUGGACAUCUGGUCAGCUGGGGUCACACUCUACAACAUCACCACGGGCCUGUACCCAUUCGAGGGAGACAAUAUCUACAAGCUGUUUGAGAACAUCGGGAGAGGGGACUUCACCAUCCCCUGUGACUGCGGCCCACCGCUUUCUGACCUGCUCCGAGGGAUGCUGGAGUAUGAGCCAGCCAAGAGGUUCUCCAUCCGACAGAUCAGGCAGCACAGCUGGUUCCGGAAGAAACACCCACUGGCUGAGGCGCUCGUGCCCAUCCCCCCGAGCCCAGACACUAAGGACCGUUGGCGCAGUAUGACAGUGGUGCCCUACCUGGAGGACUUGCAUGGCCAUGCCGGCGAGGACGAGGACGAGGACUUGUUUGACAUUGAGGAUGGCAUCAUCUACACCCAGGACUUCACGGUGCCUGGUGUCGAAGAGGCGGCCGAGGCAGGGCUUAGCGAGGAUGCAUGCGCCACAUGCAUGUUGAAGAGCCAGGGCGCAGGCCUUCCUGGAGAGGAGCCCGAGGAGGGGCUCGAGGCCUUAGUGUAGCUCCCCGGCUGCCGCCCCGCCCAUGUCCUCCAUAAAGCGUUGUCCACUGUGUCUGCAGGUGGAUGCUUGCCGCGACUGCCCUUCCCUGUCACUGCCCUGGCAGGCCCCCACCAGGGAUCACAGAGCAUACCCAGGUCCAAGGCCUGAGCCAGGCCCUCAGCACCAAGGCUGCCACUGGCUAGGGCUCUCAGGACCCUUGGCCUUGUGCCCCUCAGGCCGGCCCUACUGAGAGGCAGCUCCUGGCCCUUCAGACAGUUGUGUGUAUGGGAGGGCGAGGCCCUUGGCCCCUGUGUUGUCCCUGGAGCAUUUGAGGGUUCUGGAAGCAGUGCCAGCUGGGACCCUGGUGUUCAGGAUAGGCCCUGGCCACAGUCCUCCUAAGAGUGUCUUCUGCUCAGACAGUGAGGGCCCUGUCACUGCAGCCUUUGCCGGGAAUGUUUGCCACAGGCUAGGCCCUCAGGCAGGGCUGUCACCUGGCAGGGCUCCGUGUGGGCUCCUUGUUGGGGGCGGUGUGCACUUAGGACACUGACUUCAUCUUGGGGACCCCUGGGGUUGCUAUAAUUUGAAGGAAGGCGAGGACGGAGGGAGGGGUCUGGGGACACUGCCUUGUGUCUGGGUGGCCAUGGGGCCCAUAUCCCCUGGGACAGUGCUGUACAGAUAGUGCUGUGUGCACAUGGCAGGACUCUGGACAGCCUCUACUCCUGGCAUGAGGGCUGUGCUCUGAACAACAGGACAAGGGGGCCUUGUACCUCCCAGUGCCUGGUGGGGAGGGAUUGCCGGCUGCAGGGUCCACCCCACCUCAUGCCUCCGUCCAGCACAGUGAGGGCCAGGGUGGGUGCUGCCCGUUUGGGCCGAACCAGAGGUUUGGGGAGAGGGACUCUGGAUCCAGGAGCACAGGUGGGGCCUCUGUGGGGUUCCCAUCGCUGCACCGCAAGCACCUGGUGGCUGUGUAGUUACAUGCUAGAGGCUGCCCACUUCUGAGGAGCUUCGGGAGAGGCGACCUAUCGCCACCGUGAAGGAAGGCCAGCUGAGCAAGCUAGGCCUAUAGCCCCCAGCUGGACGUUCUCCCCAUGCGCAGAGCAGCUAGUAGCCCCCAGCUGAGUGCUUCAUCUCCAUGGGCCUGUUGUGGGUCUAGAGCCUGGCUCACUUGGAGAGCUCUGUGAGCUGGUGCUUGGGCUGCCCAGGCUAGACAGGCAGGUGAGCAUGGGUGUGCCGCAGGGGGGCCAGGGCACACCACUGGAAGGCUGGGCCUGGCCGGCCAGGCCUUUGGAGCCACUGAGGGACAGCGCUGGAGGCCAGAAAGCACAGCCUGACCAGCCUCUGGCACAGUCGGGGCUGGCUGGGCCCUGGGGCUUUGGGUUGCCUGUCCCUUGGCUCAAGCCAUGCCC